AUCUCGAGGAGAGCUGCUGGAUUUUAACCCGUUUCUGAGCUCCUCCUCUGGAUCUACAGCGUCAGGGCUUGGAGGCCGUCUGAACAGGCCCUCGGAGCCCCGUCGCAGUCCUGGGACUGACCCUCCACUGCCACUGGGGCGAUUUCCUGCUUGUUGUUUGUCAACACUGAGCUCUCACAUUCUUCUGGUUCACUGCAUCUGGAAUAGAGAUCUCACCAGUAUUGCCCUCCAUGGUUUCUGCCCUACUCAAGACCAUAUCAUUGUACAUUGAAAAGAUUUGCAAAGGAAUGUUUACAAAGAAAUUGGCGAAUCCCACAAAGAAGAAAGAGCCUAGUGAAAAUAAAGAGUCCAAAUUGACCACCGAUUUGCAAGCACGUAAUCCAACUUUCUCUACCACGCUGAAAACCACAGUGAAGAAAAUCUCUAAAUGCUCUUCUGCACGUAACAUAUCUCUCGAAGACGAAGACGGUAAAAACGACUGCUCGUCCCUCUCUCCGACAUUCAGUUAUCGCGUCGCUAUAGCGAAUGGACUACCAAAGAAAGGGCGUCUGUUAAAUAAUAAUGAGAGUGUACUCCAAGAGGUUCUGUCUAUCGAUAGCAGCCACUCUGACUCCCUGAGUGAGACCAAACCUGUCCGCAGACUGGAUGAGCAGAAAUCUCACACCAUGCCAGUGAGACGAAAUAGGAAGAGCCUUAUCAGCCUAGCGCCGUCUGACGGCAGCUCUGAGGGCGAACGCGUGGAACGCUCGAGUCUGCAAACGCUCAGGCUGGGCGCGUUACGCAAGCUGAGGAAAUGGAAGAAGAGCCAAGAAUGUGUCUCCUCCGAGUCCGAGGUGAGCAACUGGAGGAAGACCCUGGGCAUCCGGAGCAAGUCUCUGGACCGGGCGGGGAGGCAGCAGAAGAGCUCCACCCUUGAACCCGGCUCGUCCUCCACGGGCUGCAUCAGCCAGACCCAGGAUGUGAUGGAGAUGAUCUUCAAGGAGCUGCAGGGGAUCAGCCAGAUAGAGACAGAGCUGUCCGAGCUGCGUGGGCACGUUAAUGCCCUGAAAAGCUCCAUCGACGAGAUAUCCAGCAGCGUGGAGGUCGUGCAGAGCGAGAUCGAGCAACUCCGCUCGGGGUUCGUUCAGUCCAGGAGGGAGACGCGCGACAUCCACGACUAUAUCAAGCAGAUCAGCCCCCAGGCCAGCAAGGCCUCCCUCAGGUUCCUCAAUGUUCCUGAGGAAAAGUUAGAGAAGACUGACAGUGUCAUCUAUUCCAUUCUGAAAGAUAAAAUGGGAUUCAUAGAUGCACAUAAAACACUAAAAAUAGAACUUGCCCAUAGGUUAGGACAACAAAGAGAAUGUUCCAACGCUAAACCUCGACCUAUUCUUGUUAUCUUUUCAACCCCACAAGAUAGGGAUUUAGUUUUGAAAAAAUGCUAUAAACUUAAAGGGACAGGCAUAUCCGUCUCCACUGAUAGCUUGACUCACGAUUUGAAGGAGAGGAAAGACAGAGGAUUAUCCUCCUCACAGACCUAUGAAAGCAUGGAUAUCAAGGUCUCAGGGAAGGAUAAAGUGGUCGAGAGCGAUGACUGGGAUUCAAUGGACAGCGACAAAGAGCUGGACGAGCUGAGUAAGAAUAAAUAUGCAAUGGUGAUUACAAAGCCUGCCCAUAAAAGUAAAUCAGACAAAAAGAGGUCCCACGACCACAGCCGGUCAGCAGAUGAGGCAGGGUACUCAGGCUCGGUUCAUUACGCCGACGAUUCAUAUGACGACUCAGACAAACAUGCCAAGGCCUACUACUCUGACCUGACACCGGGCUGGCUGUCCCAGAGUGACUAUUCCACCCCCAAGCUCAGCCGCUCUGAGUCGGACUGCUCCAAACUCUGCCAGUCUUAUUCAGAGGACUUCUCCGAGAGCCAGUAUUUCAGCCGGACCAACGGCGGCUCUCUGUUGUCGUCCUCGGACCAGGAGCUGUGGCAGAGGAAGCAGGAGGAUAUGGCCUCUUCCUGGUACGCCAGCCCCCGCCAGCCCCUUAGCCAGGAGAACCCCUCUUACGUGGAGCACAAUGAGGUUGAGACCACAGAGACUAUUGACAGUGGGGUGAGUAACGGAAUGGUCUGCAUGUCUGGGGAUAGGAGCCACUACAGUGGUUCUCAGCUCUCUCUGCAGGGUGACCUUUCUCCUUGGAAGGACUGGCAUCACCUGGAGCAGGGUACUGACUCUGGCCUGGAUGCCUCCAUAGAGCAGAACCUGGUCUCAGAGGUCAGCAGCCCCUUCGACCCCACAACCAUACCAGGAUUCCCUGAGAACAUCACAAAGUGUCAGGAGGUUGAUCUGCAGUUUGAAGGGGAGGAGGAUUUCAUGAUUUUAGAUAAUCCCUGUAUUGUCCCUGCUCCUAUCACUACUUACAUCCCCACUCCUGUCCCUGUCAUAGAGAAGGAGCUUGUCCACAAGCCACCUAUCCGCAAAUCUAAAGAGGCCCUGAAAGAAAGCCCCAAAGUCACUACGAAAGAAGUCCCAAAAGUUGCUUCUAAACCGGUCUCUAAAGCAACUACAAAGAGCCCUAAAGAAACCACUAAAGCGAAUACUAAAUUAACAGCUAAAGAAUCCCAUAAAGUGCUGGCUAAGGAGACUCCUAAGGUGACGGCUAAAGAACCUCCUAAGAUAAUUGCCAAGGAGACCCCUAAAGUGAUGACUAAGGAGAUCUCUAAAACGACUUCUAAACAGGGUGCUAAAGUAACCUCUAAACCAGGCCCAAAAAUAACAGCUAAAGAAAGCCCUAUUGCCACCCCUAAAGAAAGCCCUAUUAUCACUCCUAAGGAAAGCCCUAUUAUAACUCCUAAGGAAAGCCCUAUUAUCACUCCUAAAGAAAGCCCUAUUAUAACUCCUAAAGAAAGUCCAGUAGUGACUCCUAAAGAAAGCCCUAUAGUAACUCCUAAAGAGAGCCCUAAAACCACCCCCCAAGAGGCCCUCAAAGUAACUGGUAAAGAGUUUCCUAAAGAACCCCCAAAAGUGGUCUCUGUUGAGGUGCCCAAGGUGAGUGCUAAAGAGAGUCCUGUAGUGAGCCUUAAAGAGGCCCCUAAGGUGGCCCCCAAGCCGGCCCUCCAGACUGCACCUCAGGCUUCCUCCCAGGCAACCCCUCAGGCUGCACCCCAGACUACACCUCAGACUGCACCCCAGACUACACCUCAGACUGCACCCCAGGCCGUCCCCCAGACUGCACCCCAGGCUGUCCCCCAGACUGCCCCCAAGACUGCCCCCCAGGCUGCCCCCCAGGCUGCCCCCCAGGCUGCCCCCCAGACUACACCUCAGGCUGUACCCCAGGCUGCCCCGCAGGUGGUCUCCCAGGCCCCGUCUCAAGCGGCCCCUAUAUCAGCCCCUCAAGCGGCCCCUAUAUCAGCCCCUCAAGCGGCCCCUAAAGCAGCCCCUCAAGCAGCCCCUCAAGCAGCCCCUCAAGCGGCCCCUAAAGCAGCUCCUAAGGCGACACACAAAGAAACAUUCCCAGAGCUUGAUGUCAAUCACAGCUUUCACCAGAACCAGACCAAGUCAGCCACCAUGUACCGAAGUCAGAGUGAGAUCAGGACUGAGAAAGUCGAGGAGGUCCCCAAGUCCUGGAGCAGCAGGCUAAGCAUUGAUCUCACUGAUAAAUCCUUUGGCUUUGGCUUUGGCUCCACACUACAGAGGGCCAAAUCAGCCCUGGAGGUUGUGUGGAACAAGGGCGCCCAGCCUCCAAGUGCUCCAGUGGAGGAACCCGCCAAUUCCUCCUCCUUCAUGGGCCGCUUCCGAAAUCUCUCCACCUCAACCCCCAACGACUCCAGCACCACCAUCGACUCCGACGUCUACAACGAGCCCUUCGUCUACAAAGCCGAGGAGGAGCAGGAGGAAACAGUGGCUGCAGAAGUAGCAGCGGGAGAUCAGCCCGUUGACAGCGAAACCCACUACGUAGAGGUGAUGGAACAGGUGCUAGCCAACCUGGAGAACAAGACCAACGCCGAAGAGGCGGAAGAGCCCGUACCGGAGUACGAGGCCACUCAGGACAACGACGGCUCUCAGGACAAAGACAGCUCUCAGGAUUACGACGCCUCUCAGGAUUACGACGCCUCUCAAGAACUGGAAGGUUCCGAGGAUUUCGAGGCGGCGCAAGAGGCGGCUCCCGUCCUGGAGUACGACUGCAGUCUGGACGAGCACUACGACGAGGCGUGCAGCGAGGACUACGAGGACACCCAGAUGACCGAGGACACCGCAGAGUAUGACGACAUGGUGGAGUAUGUUGAGGUGGAGGAACCCGAUGAGACCGAAGACAUGGAGGAAGGGGACGAAGACCUGGAGGAGGUCGAGGAGUUGGAAGAAGCGUCCGAAGCUUGUGAGAGCGUAGAACAACAGGAGGAUGAAAACAAGAACCUCCCACAGGAGAAGCUCGUGGAGGCCCCGCCCAAGAAGCGCAUCCGCCCGACGUUCAAGGAAGCAGCGCUGAGGGCCUACAGGAAGCAGAUGACUGAGUUGGAGCAGCAGAUCCUGGCUGGAGAUAGCAGUGCUUUGGAAGCCCAGACUCUCAAUGUCCUGGAUCCCAAAGUACUUGGGCUUCAGGCUGGCGGGGCUGGCAGCAUUCUUUAUGGUAUUGACAGCAUGCCAGAUUUACGCCGCAAGAGGACCAUGCCUAUUGUCCGAGACCUGGCUUUGACUCUCACUGCUCGAAAGGCAGGUAUCUCGUUCGCCCUGGUGACCAGAUCUACCCUGAACAACGAGGACUUGCAGGCCGUGCUGGAGGGGACCUCCAAGUGGUCCGCAAAGAUCACCAUCACAGUGAUGUGUGCCCAGGGCCUUCAGGCCAAGGACAAGACAGGCUCCAGCGAUCCUUACGUCACCGUCCAGGUGGGCAAGACCAAACGCAGGACCAAAACCAUCUUCGGGAACCUCAACCCUGUCUGGGACGAGAAGUUCUUCUUCGAGUGCCACAACGCCACCGACCGCAUCAAGGUGCGCGUCUGGGACGAGGACGACGACAUCAAGUCGCGCGUGAAGCAGCACUUCAAACGGGAGUCGGACGACUUCCUGGGCCAGACCAUCAUCGAGGUCCGCAUGCUGAGCGGAGAGAUGGACGUGUGGUACAACCUGGAUAAGAGGACUGACAAGUCGGCAGUGUCUGGCGCCAUCAGGCUGAAGAUCAGCGUGGAGAUGAAGGGAGAGGAGAAGGUGGCCCCUCCCCACGGCCAGUACACCUGUCUACACGAGAACCUGUUCCACUACCUGACGGAGAUGAAGAACAGCGGAGCGGUGAAGAUCCCGGAGGUGAAAGGCGACGAGGCGUGGAAGGUCUACUACGACGACGUCUCCCAGGAGAUCGUGGACGAGUUCGCCAUGAGAUACGGGGUGGAGUCCAUCUAUCAGGCCAUGACGCAUUUCUCCUGUCUGUCCUCUAAGUACAUGUGCCCUGGCGUUCCCGCGGUGAUGAGUAACCUGCUGGCCAACAUCAACGCCUACUUCGCCCACACUACCACCGCCACCACCAACAUCUCGGCCUCGGAUCGAUUUGCUGCCUCGAACUUUGGGAGGGAGAAAUUUGUCAAACUCCUGGAUCAGCUUCACAACUCACUGAGGAUUGACCUCUCCAAGUACCGGGAUAAUUUCCCUGCAGGAAACCCUGAGCGUCUCCAGGAUCUCAAGUCUACUGUGGACCUCCUGACCAGCAUCACCUUCUUCAGGAUGAAGGUGCAGGAGCUUCAGAGCCCGCCCAGAGCUAGCAUGGUGGUGAAGGACUGUGUACGAGCCUGUCUGGAUUCCACUUACAAAUACAUAUUUGACAACUGCCACGAGUUGUACAACCAGCUCCUGGACCAGGCUCGCCAGCAGGUCAUCCCUCGUGAGGAGCAGGGUCCGUCCAUAAAGAACCUGGACUUCUGGCCUAAACUCAUAACUCUCAUGGUGUCCGUCAUCGAUGAGGACCGGACAGCGUACACUCCUGUCAUAAACCAGUUUCCUCAGGAGCUGAACAUGGGCAAGAUCAGCGCAGAAAUCACAUGGAGCCUGUUUGCCCUGGACAUGAAGUAUGCUAUGGAAGAGCACGAAAAGCACCGUCUAUGCAAGAGCACCGAGUACAUGAACCUCCACUUCAAAGUCAAAUGGUUCCACAACGAGUAUGUCCGUGAUCUGCCUGCGUUUAAGGAGACGCCACCUGAAUAUUCUUUGUGGUUUGAUCCCUUCGUCAUUCAGUGGUUGGACGAGAAUGAAGACGUUGCCAUGGAGUUUCUCCACGGAGCGCUGGGGAGGGACAAGAAGGACGGCUUCCAGGUAACGUCUGAGCACGCCCUAUUCUCCUGCUCCGUGGUGGACGUGUUCACACAGCUCAACCAGAGCUUUGAGAUCAUCAAGAAGCUGGAAUGCCCCAAUCCCCAGGCCCUGGCUCACUUCAUGUGCCGCUUCGCUAAGACUAUCAACAAAGUCCUCUUGCAAUAUGCCGCAAUCAUAACCAAGGACUUUGGCUUGUAUCUUGACAAGGAGAAAUUGCCCUGCAUCCUCAUCAACAACAUCCAGCAGCUCCGGGUGCAGCUGGAGAAGAUGUUUGAGUCCAUGGGUGGAAAGCAGGAGGAGGGCGUUGUGUCCUUCUGUAAGCUGGACGCAGAGGCCAGCGACCUUCUGAAGGAGCUGCAGAAUCGCCUCAACACCGUGAUGGAUGAGCUGAGUGCAGUGUUUGGAGCCAGCUUCCAGCCGGUGAUUGAGGACUGUGUGAAGCAGAUGAACCAGGAGCUGGUCCAGAUGAAGGGGUCAGCCAACAAAAGCAACGCGGCCAUGGACGCGGAGACCGUGCUACGGCCGCUAAUGGACCUUCUGGAUAAAAAUUUGAUUCUGUUUGCCAAGAUCUGCGAGAAGACGGUGCUGAAGCGGGUGUUGAAAGAGCUGUGGAAGAUCGUGCUCAACACCAUCGAGAGGACCAUCGUCCUCCCUCCUCUCACAGACCAGACCCAAGGAGCUCAGAUGAUCUUCAGUGCUGCAAAGGACCUGGGCCAGCUAUCCAAACUCAAGGAGCAUGUCAUUCGAGAGGAAGCCAGGAGUCUGACGCCACGACAGUGUGCAGCCAUGGACCUGGUUCUACCCACCAUCAAGCAAUAUUUCCAUGCUGGAGGAAAUGGCCUCAAGAAGACUUUCCUUGAGAAGAGCCCUGAUCUGAGGUCCCUGAAAUAUGCUCUCAGCCUUUACACACAACCUACAGAUGCCUUGAUCAAGAAAUAUAUAUGCACCCAAACCUCUCAAGGUCAGUCAACCAAUGGAUCGGUGGGCGAGGUGUCGAUGCAAGUGGAUCUCAUCUCUCACCCUGGCACUGGAGAACACAAAGUCAGCGUAAAGGUGGUGGGCGUCAACAACAUCACCUGGCAGACCAACGCCAUGUUCCGCCCCUUCGUGGAGGUGAACGCCGUGGGCCCGCACCUCGCCGACAAGAAGCGCAAGUUCAGCACCAAGACCAAGAACAACAACUGGUCACCAAAGUACAACGAAACAUUCCAAUACGUUCUAAGUAACGAGCACGGCCCGGAGGCCUACGAGCUGCACGUGUCAGUGAAGGACUACUGCUUCGCCCGUGAGGACCGCACCAUCGGCAUGACGGUGAUCCAGCUGCGGGAGCUGGCGGACAAGGGCAGCUGCUCGUCCUGCUACCCGCUGGUGAAGAGCGUCUCCAUGGACGACACCGGCCUCACCAUCAUGAGGAUUCUCUCCCAGAGGACCAACGAUGAGGUGGCCAAAGAGUUUGUGCGUCUCAAGACGGACACGCGCUCCACCGAGGAAGUGUCCUAGACGGAGGAGCGGGAAGCCACAGGGUCGUCUGGUCCUGACGGGGGAAGACAGACAGACAGAGAGAGGGAGGGAUGGAGAGAGAGAGAGAGAGAGAGAGAGAGAGAGAGAGAGAGAGAGAGAGAGAGAGAGAGAGAGAGAGAGAGAGAGAGAGAGAGAGAGAGAGAGAGAGAGAGAGAGAGAGAGAGAGAGAGCGAGAGAGAGAGAGAACGAGAGAGAACGAGAGAGAACGAGAGAACACGAGAGAACGAGAGAACGAGAGAACGAGAGAACGAGAGAACGAGAGAACGAGAGAACGAGAGAACGAGAGAACGAGAGAACGAGAGAACGAGAGAAAGAGAGAGAGAGAGAACGAGAGAACGAGAGAACGAGAGAACGAGAGAACGAGAGAACGAGAAAGGGGGAUACGGAGGAAGAGAGAGUGUGAGAUGUAGGGAGAGAGAGAAAGAGGAAAAGGAGGGAAAGAGAACCAGAGAGAGGGGAAGUGGGCUGUAGCAGGGCAGGUAACUCUAGAUGUAACGACAGGUGAGCUGUGCUGUCCUGACAUGCAGAUGGAGAGAGGAGAGAGAGAGAGAGCCCGACUGACACAGAGAGAUGUGUUUGUCUGUUUUUGUGCAUGUGCGUAAAACAUCUGUUGGAAUGUUCAUUUGAAACUACUGUAUGUGCAAGUGUUUACUUCCCGUAUGCUCAUUAUGAAGUACUAUAUUCUACGAGUUAUGUUAACAAGACAUGAUGAAUUACUGUUUUGUACCAACAUUUAGUCUUUUGAACAAAAAUUUGUUCAGAUAAAGUGCCAAACCAGAGGAAAAAAAAAUUGCAAAACAAAUAGACAACAAAUUAUGGUGAACUUUGGUGAAAAUUGCUCGAUGACUUUGUCCCGUGUAAAUUCAUUCUCUGACAAUGUGGCGUUUUAAUUGUCCGGUCUUUCUUUUUUGCACCCUGGUUUUGUUCCACGUUCCUCCACAAAAGCACUUGUUGUGCAUGUCCCGUUUUCCACCACUCAAGUGGUUCCACCACUCACCACUCAUGGUUCCACCGUGACCCCAGGGCAGGGCCCCCCCCCCCAUGCCCCCCCCCACCCCCCCAACUCUUUGUAUUUAAGCCGACCUGAAAAGAGACCAUUUUUUUAAACGGCGAUGACUGCUAUGUAAACCUUCAUAGGUGUUUGUAAUUUUAUAACCAUGACAACAAUGAAGACAAGCCUCCAGUGCUACCAGUCUAAGCAGGAAGGAUGGAACUUUAUCUUUUGUUUUCGCUUUUGAUUUAUUUCUUUUCGGCCCGUCGGCUUCCCGCCUUUCUGAAUGACCACUGUGAACAUGAGCUUUGGAAGGCAAGCUUACAUAACAUUGCUGACGGUUUGAUAUUGUUGUUUCAUAUUUAAAAAUAACUUUGUUCCUGAGAAACUGCCAAAGUUAUAUAACAUGUUUGUACAAAAGCAAUCCAUUACCUGUAUGAAAAUAUAUAUGUACAUGUGACUAUUACUUUUUCAAUGCUAAAUAUCUGAUUGUUGAUGGGGUGGUUCUAAGAUUUAUUUUUUUGAUUUAUCGUGAAGCUGUUAACCAAUAUGAAAGUUGCACAUGUUACUUGACACAUUAGUUAAAUCAGCUUCUAUCAUUUAGUUUAUUUUUAUUCAUAAAGGAAAGAGUCUAACAUUUGGUAAAUAUGCAACAUUCCUAUGUAUUGCACUGAUGGCGAAUUGUAUGUCAUGUAAAUAUAUUUAGUGAGAAAUUGUA